AUGACUCUUAUUGCAUAUCAAACAAGGAACCCUGACGAGGUGGGCUCUGAGGACUGCACUUCUAUUCAACCAUUUGACCUAAACCAUUUUUUUGGUGAAGAUGGAAAGAUAUAUGGUUACAAAAAUCUUAAGAUAAAUGUGUGGAUAAGUGCAAUAUCAUUCCAUGGAUAUGCUGAUAUUUCAUUUGAGGAAACAUCUGAUGGAGGGAAAGGAAUAACAGAUCUAAAGCCUGUUCUUCAGAGCAUUUUUGGAGAAAACUUGGUAGAAAAAGAGGAAUUUCUGCAAACCUUUUCAAAGGAAUGCGAAUAUAUCAGAGAUGUGGUGACAAAUGGUAAUGCCAUAAAGCAUGAAGGCACCACUGAAUCAGAUCCAACAGUUGAGAUUGUUCGAGUUGAACUCCAAGGUGCUGCUGCAUUCCUUUAUUCUCGUCUGGUGCCGCUUGUUCUGCUUCUGGUUGAAGGUUCCACUCCUAUAGAUAUUGGAGAACAUGGAUGGGAAAUGCUUCUGGUAGUAAAGAAGACAACACAAGAGUCUGUUCCAAAAUUUCAGCUACUAGGUUUUGCAGCUGUCCAUAAUUUUUAUCAUUACCCUGAGAGCACUCGAUUGCGAAUCAGCCAGAUACUGGUAUUGCCACCUCAUCAGGGUGAAGGGCAUGGCCUUCGUCUUCUUGAGGCAAUCAAUUCUAUUGCACUAUCAGAGAACAUAUAUGAUGUAACAAUAGAAGACCCUUCAGACUACCUGCAGUAUGUGCGUUCAUCUAUCGACUGCCUCCGUCUUCUCACAUUUGAUCCAAUCAAGCCAGCGCUCAGUGCUAUGGUCUCGUCUCUGAAGGAGACCAACCUGUCAAAAAGGACUUGCAGCUUGAGGAUGGUUCCGCCAGCUGACCUGACCGAAACUGUCCGGCAGAAGCUGAAGAUCAACAGGAAACAGUUCCUGCGGUGCUGGGAAAUUCUGGUCUGUCUAAGCCUUGAUUCUGAGGACCGUAAGAGCAUGGACAACUUCAGGGCCUGCAUAUACGACCGCACCAAGGGUGAAAUCCUUGGUGGCGCCACUGGAACCAACGGGAAGCGUCUGGUGCAGAUGCCAAGCAGUGUGAACGAAGAGGAGUCCUUUGCUGUGUUCUGGACACAAGAUUGUGAGGAUGCGGACGACCAGACAGUUGAGCAGCAGCCAGAAGAUCUCAAGACCCAGGAGGAGCAGCUCAAUGAGCUCGUGGACAACCAAAUGGAGGAGAUUGUUGGGGUUGCGAAGAAUGUUGCCUCGCGUGGGAAGGAUAAGCUGGCAGAGCUGUUGGCUCGGUGAACCCGGGUGAUACUUGCUUUAUAUCAUGCUAACAUGGGAACGCUAUGGAAGCUUUCUUGGUGAGAUCUUUUAUAUAGACCGGCUCUUCAGGGUAGACAGGGAAAUGUUGGUUGUUACACUGUCUUCAUAAGUUGUAGAACCAACACAAAAAUAGGUCCAGAGUAGAACUUCUUCCCAUCGGAUUAUUAUGUAUUCCAAUUCUGGAAUCUUUGAUGAGAAUGUUACAUUUGACUUGAUUGGCAACCGUGCUAUAUCUUGGAAUGUUUCUUACAGUACACCCCAUGGCGCCUGAGAUCCAGUUUCAGGGUGAUUGUGAUCCAUUAUCUAUUUGUGGAUAUGCAGUACAGGUUCCCGUUUGACAGCUGGUACCUAGUGUCAGUUGUUGCAGGGUCAGGAUCCAACACCAAAUGAAUGCUUCUCCGCCAUCCUCAGCUCAAGUCCCUCACCUCUCUGGUGCAGGCACAACCGCGCAAGUUCAUCUUACCAAUGGACCAGACGCUGGCACCAAAUCUGCUACAUCACUCCGUGGGCUUGCCCUGGCGCUACUGUCUUUGUGGCGAGCUUCCUCUAACGCCAGGCACUCCUUCAGCUGUACCACAAGAGUCUCCAUCGUUGGCCUUUGAGCAGCAGCAUCUGCUGUGCACGUCAGGGUGGUCUCAACCACCUUCCACAUGGAACUGAUGUCGUAGGCACCUCCGAGCCGUGCAUCUGUAAUCGAGCUGGUGUCACCAGUGGCUAUCUUCUAGGUUCCACUCCUUACAGUAUUGGAAGCUCGCCAGUGGCUACCUCAAGAAGAACAACUCCAAAGCUGUAAACAUCGCUGCUCUCCGUGAGCCUUCCGGUAUGGUAGUACCUAAAAAACAGCAGGCAAAGCACAUUAAAAGAAAAGGAGAGCAUCGGACAUGCUGGCCUCAUCCUAUUAGAACCCAAGGUUGCAUCAAUAGGAGAAUUGCUUGCAAAUAGUGGGUCUCAAUUUUUCUUUUCGUUUGUUUUGUUACUUGCCACUUGGCAAAUUAACCUAUUCACGAUUUACGUGUAAUUCAAAUAGCAUCAGCGAUACGAUAAACAAGCACCACAACAAUAUUGACA